AUGCCUUCUAUUACCUCUGAGCCAGUGAUUGUGGUUGGAGCCAGCUUAGUCGGGCUCUCCGCAGCCCUAUGCCUGGCCUCACAUCAUGUCUCAACCAUUGUCCUGGAGAAGCACGCCGGUAUCUCCAAGCAUCCCCGUGCAAUCGGUUUCACCCCUCGAACAAUGGAGAUAUACCAUACCGUCGGAAUCGAAAACAACGAUCCAGCACCAGAUGAUUUUGUCCUCGAACGAGCCCAUGUCGAGAGUGUGACUGGCAAAUGGCACGACAACUCAUGUUGGUCGGACACGGAAAAAAACGCAAAAAGAAAAAAGGAACCUUUCAAAAGCUCUCAGCCAAAGAAGGAAUACUCGGCUGCUCGUGGAUACGCCAAUCCCCAAGACAAACUCGAGCCAAUUCUCGAAGCACGAGCUCUCGAGCUUGGCGCCGAUAUUCGCCGUCAGCAUGAAGUCUUGAACGUGGAACAAGACACCAAUGGAGUCAUCGUCACAGUCAAAAAUGCACAAGGAAAUGUACAAAAGCUCCGAGGAUCAUAUCUCAUAGCCGCAGAUGGCAAUCGCAGUACCGUCAGAGAACUCCUCCAAAUCCCACGCCAAGGUCGCGGCUUCAUGCAAACGAUCCAAAGCGUCCUUUUCCACGCAGAUCUCCAAAAAUGGACAAAAGGCAUUGUCCAGUUUGAUAUCGAACAGCCGCACCUCAAAGCCUUCCUCGCAUCCUACAGCGAUGGUCGCUGGGCCCUAAUGUUCAAAGACGACAUCAAGCGUGACGACGAAACUCUCCAUGCAGCAAUAUAUCAAGCCAUCGGAACGGAAUUCCCCGUCGAAAUCAUCACAACGGCUCAAUGGGAGCUCACAGCUCUUGUAGCUGAUACGUUCCAAUCUGGUCGUGUCUUCCUAGCCGGUGACGCCGCACACACACUCCCGCCCAACCGCGGCGGGUAUGGUGCGAACACCGGAAUCCACGAUGUGCAUAAUCUCGCCUGGAAACUUGCCGCUGUCCUCUCGGGGCAAUCUGCGCCGGAAUUGCUUGAUACCUAUAGUGCUGAGCGGAGGCCUGUUGCGUUGUUGCGUCAUGAUCAGAUCUUUGUUCGUGCUGAUUAUAAGGUUCACCUUGAUACAGCUGUAUCAGCGGGAGAGAAGAUUGAUGAUGAUGCGAUGGAAUUUGGACAAAUCUAUCUGUCAAAGGGUAUAGUCGGUGCCAAUGGGAGUUUACCGAGGGCUAUGAAGCCUGAUGAGUGGAUGGGACAACCGGGGACCCAUUUGCCUCAUUGCUGGGUUGAAAGGGGUGGGGCGAGGGUUCCGAUUCUUGAUAUUGUUGGUUCGGAGUGGACUUUGGUUACUGCUUCGAAGGGCUGGGUUGAGGCUGUCUCUGAGGUCAAUGAGGGGUCUUCUGUAAAGAUUCGAUCUGUUUGUGUCGGGCUUGAUGUUUCGAGUUCUGGGGAUGUUGAUAUUCAGACGUUGCUUGGCAUCUGUGGGAGUGGGGCAGUACUUGUUCGCCCUGAUGGAUAUAUAGCUUGGAGAUCAGUAGAGUUGCAGGUUGAUGCUGGGGAGAUACUUAGAUCUGCAUUGUCCCGGGUUGCGUUUCAAAUUGCUGGUGUUACAGCAUAG